CUUGACUCAGGUAAAAGAACUAUUGGUGUCCUAACAAAGUUGGACUUGAUGGACCAGGGGACAGAUGCUCGGGAUGUUUUAGAAAACAAAGUUUUUCUUCUUCAAAGAGGUUAUAUUGGAAUUGUAAAUCGAAGUCAGAAGGAUAUCGACGAAAAGAAAAGGAUCGAAGAUGCUGUAAAGAGAGAACAAGAAUUUUUUAUGAAUCAUGGAAGUUACAAACAUAUGGCUGACAGAAUGGGUACUAAAUACCUUCAAAUAACACUAAAUAAGCAGCUGAAAUUUCACAUCCAAGAGAGACUUCCGGGGGUCCGCGCAGCUCUUCAGAAACACUUAAUGGAUUUGAACAAAGAACUGUUUGAACUUGAUAGUAUUCUUGGAAAAUCUGAUAAGCUUAGUCAAGAAAAAUACAUGAUAAAGUUGAUCAACAUGUUUAUUGAAGACCUGCGUAAAAGAAUCGUAGGUCAAACUGACGAAAUAGAUCUUAAUGAUGUGCAAGGAGGCGCUCGUAUCAACUCUGCUUUCUACAAUGAAAUAGCAGACUUGCUUUCAUUGGACUUACUUCCACCUGACAAUGAGCUAGCCCAUGCUAUAGUCAAUAUACAUGGAUACAGAACGGGUCUAUUUACCCCGGGUCUGGCAUUUAAUGCAAUAUGCAACAAGCUUAUCGAAAACUACAAGGUACCUAUAGUCACAGCGGUGGAACUGAUCACAUGCAUCGUAACAGAUGUGGUGGAGAAAAGUGCACAAUUGUUACAACGCUAUCCACGUCUGAAAAACGAGGUUGUGUUCCGGGUAAGCACACGUAUUAAGGAACAAGAAGAACAAACUAAGAAUCAGUGUAUCAGGCACAUUAAUGCAGAAAUGGUUUUCCAUAACGUCAGGCAUCCAGACUUUAUUAAAGACAGACCCAGAAGCAAGAUAAGGGCCAAGGAAAUCAUUCUAACAUCAGUAGAGGAAAUCUCUGAACCACAAACGAAGGACAUAUGUGAAGGAAACUUGGUACUUACAGUCAAGGGUGGAAUAAGAAAUUCUCAUAGGGAUUGCUGGUGUAAAUUAUCUUCUGAUUAUUUCUGUUGGCAGAAAAAAGACGACACUAACGACAAACGAAAUAUGAUUCCAUUUACCGAACUAAGGAUGCAACCGAAAAAAAGUAAAAGCGAUUCAAAGAACAAGAAUGACUCUAAACCGCAAAAGUUUGUUUUGUUUCGUGCAGACGGGAGGUCGAUUUUUCGAGACUUAAAACAAUUAGAAUUCGUUUGCACGGAUAUGGCUGAUUUAGAAAAGUGGACAGAUGCUUUUAACCGAGCUAAUGUUCCUGUUACAUUAUCGAAGAGCUACUCCAUGGAAUCUUUGUAUCAGGUGGAUUCUAUCUCAGCCAAAAAUGUUUACACUUCUCAAGCCACGCGAAUGAUUUUAGAGAAGGGAAGAGAAAAGGUGGAGCAGAUUUUCCAAGACCCUCAUAUGCAGAGACAGGUGGAUGAACUAGCGGGAAUGAUUGAGUCGUACAUGGAGAUUGUGAAAAAAACCAUACAAGAUGUAACCCCAAAGUACAUAAUGUUGCUUUUAGUGCAAGAUACGAUGAAUUAUGCACUAUGCGAUUUAGCAGGAGACAUAAUAGGAAUCACAAAAACCGAAACUUUGAUGGAAGUUUGUGCAGAAGAAGAAAAGAGAAGAAAGGAGUUACAGUCAGCAUGUAACGCUAUUGAAGAAGCUCUUAAAGUGAUUGGAAAUAUAUAAAAAAUACCGGACUAUUCUAUACAAGAUCAUUUUGUUUCAAAUUUUUCCUGUUUUGUAUAUUUUGCCCUUAAUCUCCAAACUUUCAAUGAUCCUCUUUUCUCACCAAAGAAAAGUAAUUAAUUAGCAUUCAUAAUUUGAUUUCUUAUUCACUUUUAUAACUCUAAAUAAACUAUCUUUUAAGCUUCUAAAAAUAGUUAUUUGUAUAACAAAUUAAUCUUUCCUUUU